CUCACUUUCACUCAUCUUCCAACUCGUCCAUCUCCUCCAUCUCCUCUGUCCGCAUCGCCACUUCUCGACAGCUCUCGCCGCAGCGCGACUCUUUCUGCGUGGCUUACAGCGCAUCCCAUCAGCAGCUCGUCGCGCCGCUUGCCACCGAGCUCGAGUUUUCACCCUUCCUUCCUCCACUCCUCCACCGACUUCCGAGUGUUCCGGAGACCUUGCUCGGCGUCGUAUCCGUGCCGCCUUUUCCCCCCCAGCUAGGCAGCAUCCCCUAUAACCUCACAUCGCCACCUCUUGUGCAUCUCCCCCCUCCGGUACUCUCCACGCCAUUAUCAUCAACGAGAACCGUCAUUCUCCCAUCGUCAACCCACGUGCUCCCGCAGGGGUCACUCACCCUUACCCCUAGGCUCACGCCGCCUCCGUCUCCUUAAGAGCCAGCUGGACACGGCUUUACUCCUCACAACCAUCAACUACCUCCCGCUCGAUGUCGAACCCGACGCGCCGAGCCGGCGCGAAGAAGAAGGCCGUGUGGCGUCGCCCUCUUGUAAUCUUCGCCGUCCUCAUCUUCCUCGUUCUGGCUGGGACGGUUGUCGUUCUCUCGACCGUCAAGGCGUACUUUGGCGUCGACCCCGCUGCUUUCUUGUCCGAAGACGAAGUGCCAUGGCGGCCUGAAGACGUGAUCGCCCCGCUCCGUGACCCCGCACCAGCCCCUGACGCUUCGGCCGAAGAAUCGAACGCCAAGGCCAAGCGUGCUGAAGAAGACUUUGGCAAGAUCCUCGACGGCGAUGUCGCAGACACCGACGAUGCACCGGCUGGCGCGGACAUGGGCACUGAGCCGCAGACCGAGACCGACUCCGAGGUUGAGUGGGGACUGGACGGCAAGGGCACAGGUGGCUACUGGAUGCGCCAAGACUGGGAGGGCAAGGUCGAGGAUACUCAUUCGUGGGAGCGUCUCUACAAUGUCACCACAAGGGAUGGCGAGAAGAUUCCCCGUAUCAUCCACCAGACCUGGAAGUCGGACGUGCUGCCCGAUAAGUGGCGCAAGAGCUUCCGCGAGUGUCGCGAAGGCAUGCCUGACUACGAGUACAUGCUCUGGACCGAUGAGCUCUCGCUUCAGUUCAUCAAAGAGAAGUACCCUGCCCAACUGCAGAUGUACGAGAGUUAUCCGCACGCGAUCCAGCGUGCCGACGCUAUCCGCUACUUUAUCCUCCACCACUUUGGUGGCAUCUACAUGGAUCUUGACAUUGGGUGCCGUCGCCGCAUGGACCCACUCCUCCAGGGCGACUGGGAGGUUGUGCUCCCCGUGACCAAGCCGGUUGGUGUGAGCAACGACCUGAUCUUCUCGUCUAAGGGGAGCGCCUUCAUGGACGACACCGUGCACGGCCUUGCAGCCUUCAACCACUUCUACGUCAUGCACUACCCGACGGUCAUGUUCUCCACCGGGCCAAUGUUCCUCUCCGCCCAGCUCGGGAUAUACAGCAACGCGCACCCCGUCACCAGCAGCAACCCCGUGCGCCAGGUCCGCGUCCUCCCCAAGUCGCUGUAUGGCAAGAACGUGCCGCAGGCCGAUGUGCCUCACUCGUUCUUCUCGCACUUCUACGGGUCGAGCUGGCACGCCAAUGACGCAGGCUUCAUCACGUGGCUGGGCAAGUGGGGCAAGGGGCUCAUGUACGUCGGCGCCGUUGUGCUCGUCGUCAUGGUUCUGCGCCUCAUUUGGACCAGAAUGCGCCGCAAGAGCGGCCCACAGUACAUGAUGCUGCCAGUGUUUGAGGAUGGGCGUGGCACUCCUACCUCCAGCGCACCUCUCUCGCCAGUGUCGGACACGCCCCCCGCGCUGGGCGACGCUCUCCGCCGCGCAGGCAACAUGAUCCUUGCGGCGCCCGCAGCGCUGGCCCACGGCUCCCGCCGCCAAAAGGGGUGGCUCUACUUUGUGCCGUGGAAGCAGGCGCCAACAGGAAACCGUCGGCGGACUGCUAGCGAAGCGAGUCAGCUUCCGCGUCGACCACACAGCGUGUCGAACAGCCUUUCCCUUGCGCCUGUCGCAUACAGCGAUCACCCGCAUGCGCCCCCACCACCGCCAUACGAUGCGGAGAUGGACGCAGUUGAUGCGUUCCUCAAAGACAACGGACACGAGGAUGAGGCGAGCAGCCAAGCUUCGGGCUCGGCAAGCGGAUCGACGGGGGCGCGGCAGCGCGACGAGUGGCGAGAGGGAAAGUGGGGCGACUGGCGCCAGGACUAGGACUAGGACACUAGCGCAUGUAUUUGUAUGGUGCUCUC